UUAUUUUACAAUUUCCAUCCAUCAUAUUGCAAUGAUAUCAACUUUUUCAAUUUUUAAAAAUUAAAUAGUAAAUUCACAAUAUACUGGAAUAAUUGAAAUUAAAUCAUGGAGAAACAAGAACAACCGAAGAAGUGCUUCUGUGCCAGAUGUUUUUUGCCAGUUUGUCAAGAGGACAAGGUGGACAUAGAUGGCCAAAGCUUUCAUAGACUUUGCAGUACAUGCUGCAUAUGCCGGACGAUCCCAACGUCUCUGAAGAUGUUCUAUGGCCACGUGUUCUGUACGGAGUGCUUCAACACGCAUGUGCUGACGAGAUUUAGAGGGGAAAGUCCUCGUAUCCACUCAAAUAGCUGGUGGAUGCAAUGGGCACCUGGAGCGAAACCCCAGGCACAAGCGAAUGCUAAUGAGAACAAAGAGGAAGAAAUGAAAGGUCCGCAGAAAGCCGAGGUGGUGCCGGAGGAAGCGCCGAAAAGGUGCACGUGUGCCCGAUGCCUCCUAGCGGUGGAAGAGAAUAGCAGGAUUCAGAUCGACGACCAAAGUUUCCAUCCACAGUGUGCAAAAUGCUACUUCUGCCACAGAGUACCCACAUCGAAUGUCAAGAUCUACUACGGACAGGUGUUCUGCGAGGACUGCUUUAACCGCUAUGUGCUAAGCCACAAUAAGGACAACCCCACUGAGUUUUUUCGUACAUGCUUCGAACAAUGGCAGAGCAACGCCCACUUCGCCGACAGCAUGAGGGAGUUCAUGAACAGCGGCGCCGGCCGCCGGGACGGCGCGCCGCUCGUGUUCAUGAUGCAGCCGCAGCAGUUCUGCCGCUGCGGCGCGGCGCCGCCCACACGCGACAAUGUACAAGCUGAACAAAAGAAAUCUGCCACACCGGCUACAAAGUCAAUAGAGGAAAGCUCAAUUGCCUACCGGGACCUUUCCUUCGAGAACCGAACGGAAAUAUCGGACAUCCCAGAGUCGUACGCAGCAUUGGAGGACUCCCGCGAUAGCCUCGGUGUGGCCGCAUCGGAAAAAAUCGAAAAGCUGACGAAAUAUUUACACGAGAGACGCGUUACAGACAAAAGCUCGAAAAAAUGGAAAAACUUUCAAUAUGAUCAAAUUUCAGCAACAUCCGACCAGUCGUUUUACGCGUGGGUUGAUUUUCAAAAUCCCAAAACGACCAGUGCUCGGUCGGAUUGUCCUAAGUGUUUGUGGCAGUGUGGUCCUAUUUACGUAAACGGUGAUAUUUUUCAAAGAAAAGUUUGUUGUGAAGACAAUUGAAAUUUGAAUAAAAUGUGGUGUUUA